AUCCCAGUGUCGUACGUAGCCUAGAACUAGAAGUUACUUAAAGUUGUCUGUAAAAUGGCCGCUUCCUGUGUUGAUAGUGAUAAUUUUGAUAUGGACGCAGAAUCAUUAGAACCCUCCCUUCAAAAUGUCAUUGAUCAGAAUUCAUUGAAGUGGAUAUUUGUUGGUGGUAAAGGUGGUGUUGGAAAAACAACUUGCAGCUGUAGUCUGGCUGUUCAGCUAUCAAAGGUGAGAGAAAGUGUUCUUAUCAUAUCUACCGAUCCUGCUCACAACAUCUCCGAUGCUUUUGAUCAGAAGUUCUCCAAGGUUCCUACCAAAGUAAAGGGAUUCAACAAUUUAUCUGCUAUGGAAAUUGACCCAAACGUAGGAUUCACAGAACUACCCGAGGAGUAUUUUGAUGGAGAAAACGAUCCAAUGAGACUUAGCAAGGGAGUAAUGCAAGAGAUAAUCGGAGCUUUUCCAGGCAUUGAUGAAGCUAUGAGCUACGCAGAAGUCAUGAAGCUUGUGAAGGGGAUGAACUUUUCUGUGGUGGUGUUUGAUACGGCACCCACAGGUCACACUCUGCGACUCCUAUCCUUCCCUCAGGUCGUGGAGAAGGGGCUCGGCAAACUACUGCGACUCAAGAUGAAGAUCAGUCCUUUCAUAAAUCAAAUUAGUUCUUUGCUGGGCAUUACAGACUUCAAUGCAGAUUCAUUCUCCAAUAAGAUGGAAGAUAUGUUGGCGAUUAUUCGGCAAGUGAAUGAACAGUUCAGAAAUCCUGAGCAGACGACGUUUGUGUGUGUCUGCAUUGCUGAGUUCCUCUCCCUCUAUGAGACGGAGAGACUUGUUCAGGAAUUGACCAAGUGUGGCAUUGACACUCACAAUAUUGUUGUCAAUCAGCUGUUAUUCCCCAGCAAGGACCAAGUGUGUAAGAUGUGUGCUGCGAGAUAUAAAGUUCAGGGAAAAUACUUGGACCAGAUCGCAGACUUAUACGAAGAUUUCCACGUGACCAAGCUGCCGUUGUUAGAUCAUGAAGUUCGAGGAGCGCCCCAAGUUUUGGAAUUUUCCCAACAUCUCGUUAAACCAUUUGUUCCACCGCCACAAUGAUGAUCAGUUUUGUAUCUGUGAUUUUUUUCAGACCUCUAUUUUUCAUUCACCAUUUUACGGAGUACUUUUGUUUUGUUGAAUGUGCUAUAUAUUUUUUUAUUUCCACUUUUUCCAUUCAGUUGAUCUUGCGUGGAUUUUUUCUGUGAGCUAAUGGUCUCAAAGUUUUGUUUGUAUUGUAUUAUUUGGUUGUGAAACAAGCUUGUUAACUAUUUGUAAAUACAUAACAUUUAUAUUCA